CAAGCCUUAGCACGUGAAGGACUUGUCUUCAGUUCUGUGAAAAUGAUGUUUCCCCACAAGUCAGCCAUGCAGAUAAAAAGUGAUUACAGGACUUCAAAGAGUGCUGAUAAUUGUUAGACUAGUGGGGGAUAACUUAGGGGAAGGGAUACACGUUACUAUAAAUAGUAGAUUCUCAGAACUUGUGCCAGUGAUAGUUGUUCAGCAGUGAGUCUCGGAGCUUGUCUAGAAGAGAGGGUUUUAUUUUACAUUUGUUGUUUUCUGGUUUAUGGAGCGAGAGAAAAACUUAAUAAUAUCGGAACCCCCUGUGGACGCAAUAAGCAGCUGCAGGGAUGAGAGUGGGUACGUGCCUACGGUUGGUCGCUGGGGCAGCGAAUGGCCAAGUUGACUCGCAACUCAAGCAAGGGACUGGCUGAGGGAUGAUGGAGGGGGUAAGUGGCCGGAGGGACACCCCCUACCACUUCCCUCAUGGGGUAAAACUCGGGCGGCUUUGGCCAUGCCCACCAUUGAAGCUUAUGAAGAGUUUGCUUUGACAGUUGAACUGACUGUGCAGCAGCUUUUGCAAGCUCACAACUACAACAGCGUUGGAAACUUAAUAAGAUUCCAUGAAGAAUUCAAGAACAGCAAGGAGACGAGUCUCGUCGAUUUCAUGCAGACCUACCAACCGCCCAUCACACCAGAACAUCACACUUGCGUUGGUCUCGGAUUGGCCCUUCUCAACCGGCUGACAGUCCUCGACCACAGGUUCCCUGGCUUGGCGUCUCGUCUGUUCAUCGUCUCGUGUGAGGAGGUGGUGGACGAUUACGCCUCGUACAUUCUAGAGGAGCCGAACCCAAACAUCGCGGAGAAGGAACACGUCCUGGUAGCACUGAGGUUGAAUGUCGCUGGUCGUAAGGGGAUGUUGCUUUUGGACCCCGGUUACCAUGUGGCUAGGGUCAUCACUGUCAUGGAGGAUGAGAAAUAUCCACACACAGGAUGGUUCAUGCAGUCUAAAGAAGGAGACCGUCAGAAGUUUUUCAACUACACUUUCUCUGCAAGCCGACAGUAUGUUGUCUGGCGACAGAAGGAGAGGAAAGGUGAUGCACCGGAGACAAUAACUCACAGUGUCAUCUACGUGGCUCGUCCCUUCUUGUCGCCAGUGGACGUGACGGAGAGACGCAACCUGGUGUACAACUUCAGAAGUCUUCUGAGUAGAAACACCAAGGGUCAUCUGACUGCGGGAAUCUUCUUUCCUGUGAGAGCCAACGGGCCAGGCCAGUUCACUAUCUUUUACGAGGACAACACCUCUAAAAAGAAAGUCAAAAUGGACUUCAGCGACUUCUUGGGAAGUGCCAAUAAGGUGGAUGAGAGUCAGCAGCAGAUAGUAGAGGAAUGCAACAGACUGCUCGGUUUCCGACGUGGAGAACUGAAUUCAAUCCUGCACAGUCUUGCACACAUUCUCUCCGACAGUGACUUUGUCUCCGAGGUUCUAACCAUCAACAAGAACAUCAAUGAAAUGGCUGAAGAAAACUGAGACGAGGCCAAGCCAAGCACAGUCUUGUUAGAAAAUUUCUUCUGGCUUUGUUUGGUUUUAUUUUUUGCCUUUUUUUGUUUAGCAUGGACUGUAUUGUUUCGUAAAUCAUUGUAAAUUUUAUCACUUACAACAAUCGCUAUGUAUUUUAAUGUUUUGACAUACACUGAAUUAGUGUGAGAGUUUUAUAGAAUCACUAUCAAUUAUUUCAACUGUAUUCUGUUAUAUGACAAUAUCUUAUGAUUUAUAGAAUUGGAAGCUGUGGGUAUAUUUACGGUGGUUGGAAAUAUAAGGAAUUUAAGUGAAA